GGACCUGAGAAUACAUGGAGUCUGGAAGUAGUGGCGACUACAUGGAGACUGGUCCCAGAGGCUGCUCUCAGCCUUGCUUGGCGGGGAACACGUGGCUCCUUCUUCCACUUCUUCCUUUGGGUGGUGCUGGCAACCCUAGAGCUGUUUCCGCUUGUCGUCCUUCAUACCAGUUGCCAGGCCGCAGGGGUUCUAUGGUUACCGAGUUACCAUGGUUUGUUGCUUUUCAUUCCAUUCUGUACCCACAAAAACACUUUGUUUAAAAAAAAAAAAAAAGUUGUCUUUUGGUCCCUGGGUGGGAAGAGACUGAAAGAUGCUCACAGGUGGGAGUGGGCUCCAGGGUCCGACGAUAAGCCCCAAAGGCCCAUUUCCUCUAGGACCUUUCCCAAGACACAUCUGGAUCCACCACAACACUCCUCAAGACAGCUUGGACAAAGCCUGUCACGAGAUCUGGAAACGGGUUCAAGGUCUUUCUGAAGAGCUCCAGCCUACGUCAACAUCACCAGUCCUGCAGCCUACCUGUCACCCAGUCUUGUCAUCAGAACCCCUCAGAGAAGAGGGCAGCAACUACCUGAAAGAAUCGUUGGAACAGAACUGUGUCAAAGAUGAGAUUUCCCUUCUGGUGGAACAGGAGUACUUGAGUCUUACCCAGGAGAACAUUAGCGGGACAGAUAUGCAAGGUUUAGAAGGAAGCAAAAAAUCUGCCUCUACUUUAAAUCAGAGUUCAUCAAACAACAGCCUUUUCCUGCUUUCCGAUAGGGACCAGUUGCUAGAUGAAACAGAAGCAGUAGAAAGCAUGUACCGAGCAAUGAUGGGAAGCAAAGAAAGGGAGAUGAAACUCAGGUCUCUCUGCGACGCUCAGCUUUCUACAAAAUCCACCAUUGCUGGGAUUCUGCGCCCUGCAAAAUGCACCUUCAAGAAUGCAAGAGGAGUGGACAAUGGGAGCAGUAACCCAGUGGCUUCAAACAAAGAGACCAGUAAGUCACUGGUGCCGUGUCCACUGAAACACACAGAGGCUGCCAAAGCGCCAGAUAACCAGAUGGUGGCGGAGGAAACCAGGCUGACCAAGGACUACCUACCAAGUAACAUGUUCAGUUCCCCCACCCAUAAGGAGAGCGCAGUGGUGCCUCCGCCUUCGACAACAGCAGAAAGCCAAGCCCCUGGGCCAAAGAAGCAGCUCCCAGUGUUUGCCAAGAUCUGCUCAAAAACUGAUCCUGACUCUGUUCCUGAGGGACUUCAGAACACAGUAACUACGGCAGCGUCAGAGAAGAACAACCUCAAAUACAAUGGGAACGUUUUCACCCCGCGUUUUGCCACCACUUCAACGACCACCUCCUUAAACCAGCCAGUGUGGCUCAGUCUGAACUAUCCUCCGCCCCCGCUCUAUCCAAACCAUUCAAACUUUCCACAGUUCCAGGGUUUGUAUCAGCAGAGAGCACGGAUCCCAUACCAGCAGACUUUACACCCUCCCCUAGGAUGCUAUUCAAGACAGGUAACUCCAUACAAUCCACAGCAGAUUUUCCGGUCACCUUACACCCCUUUAUUGAACUAUAUCCCUCUGGUCCAGCCCGGUUAUUCAUACCAGCAGAGGAACCCCUCCAAACCAUCUAGCAGCGUACGUGAUCCACCAGCAAUGGCGGGUGAUGGGCCGCAGUAUCAUUUUUCUCAUUCAUAUGGGUUUAGUUCUACACCUGGUGGAUCUGUGAGGACAAACCCAUAUUUCUCUUCCAAUGGGAGUGGUAUAAACUUUUAG